GAUAAGUGCAGUAGUUAGCAUGUAGGUUACAAAUAGUAGGUUGCGUGUGCGAUGUAGACGAGUGUUAGUUUAGGAAUAUUAGUCAAGACAGGGGUGCAGAUCGGGUGUUAAACAUGCGGGUUAUAGCGGGUGUUUUGAGUAGACAAAGCGUUAGGCAGUUGUGUGUGAUUGGUCGAGAAGAAUUUGGAAAUGAGUAUGAUUGGUGCAGAGUUUGCAUAUAAAUAGAAAUUUGAAGAUAGGUCGGGGUUCAGUUCUGGCAUUCCUUUAGCGUGUACCGUGUAGAGACUUCUAUUAGUUGCAAACAAUAUAUUCUUUUAGUGAACACAAAAUUUAUAUUUCGUCUUUGAUUAUUUUACUCUAAAUUAUUUUAUUCAAAUCUCUUUGGUGUAAUUCAACGUUACAUUUUGGAGCCAGUGACAGUCCAAAACCUGGGUAUUCCUUUGCGGACGCAACGUAAGGUACUCCACUAUGUUGAUCUACGGGCCAGCAACGAAACAGAGAAAGAGAGUGACGAGAACAGGAGCAAUUAAGAGUACUCAGUAGGAGAAACGAAGAACGACGGAGAGCGAUCGAGAGAGAAGAAGAAUGACGGAGAGCGAUCGAGAGUGACGAAGAAUGGCGGAGAGAGAGGAACGGAAAGAGCGAGACGCGGAAGCGAGAACGAUGGAUACACACGGCGUAAGCACGAUGUGAUAUGAAGAUUGAUAGCAGGACUACCAAUGCAUAUGGUGUGACGCCAACGAACCCGAAGCUGCGUACGUUCACGACCCAGGACAGCAUAGCGUCCAUUUCGUCAGAAUGUAGCAGCAUCUCUCUCGACCCAAGCAGAACCAUCAGUGCUAUCGAGCCAAUUCUCGACUCUAUCAAGGGCGCUCAAGGCCUUUGCAAGGUUUUAAUGGUUGGCUGUGGAACCACACUGGAUAGUAUAAUUGAUGAGGCAAACAAGAGGUUCAGGGGAUCCCAUCUUAUCACAGCUGCUGCAACUGAUUAUGACUGUAUCCUGGCAGCAGACGAAUACGAGUGUUUUGUCAUCCACUGGGAUCCUGAAGAGUUUGAGGAGGAGUUAAUUGAAAUUACAGAAAACAUUUGCUAUGGAAAACUGGAUGUCAUAGUCUGUUGUGAGCCAAACAUUAGAGUACUGAAGCGAUGCCUUUACUGUUUGACCGAGGGUGGAACACUUAUCACAACAUCUGAUGCUAACCUCAAGGAAAGCGUUAGGACACUUGCCAACAAAAACAAGCAGAUUAUCAUGCCAGAGUUGUAAAGAUUAUGUCGCGCAUUAGUGCUUGCUGUUGCAGCUAGUAAAUUCAUGUAUAUAAUUCUAGUAUAUUCUAUGUGAUAAGCUUGCCAGGCGUUUACCAUUAUGUUUGUCACCAUAGCUGAAGCCUAGGUUGAUUAAACUGCAAUUAUGGCUUUAUUCGUGCCCAGAUUCCACAAUAUAAGUUGCUGUGCAUUAGUGUAGUUCAGUCGCCUAGUCUUGCAUUUUGGGCAAGUUGAAAGCAAACACAUUUGGUCCCCUUAUUUGCAGGAUACGGUAUCGGAUUUAUUAAGAGUAAUAUUUUUGCAAGUAGUGUACAGUACCCUGCAUAUAUAUGUCCUGAGAAUCUGAAAGCUUUUGAAUAAUUGUGAUAUUUGCCAUUCAUACAUCAGGGUAGAUCUACUUGCAUAUUAAUAUUAAUCCAAGUACACGUUCGGGCUUCACUAUGGUGACAAUAAUCGUACAUUCGUGUGAUCUCACUUUUAUUUUUAUAAAUAAAAAUUAAUAAAAUUGUUCAGUCAUUAAAAUUUCUGACGAGGUAUUCCUCUAUGACAAUGACUAUGCUGAGAUGAAAUAAAUGUAACAUUUAUUGCCAAUUUACGGCAGCAGUGUUCGAUAAUGAGAAAGUAAUAAAAUUUCCACUUUUUUAAGGUACAGGCCACGAGGCAUCGAAUAAUUAACAUAUUCGAUUGCAAUAUAUUUUCGAUUGUAUCGUCACAAUCUAUAUAUUAUUUUCAAUUUUAUGUAGAAAUGUAACCAUAUGCAGUAUAGGUGAACUGAAAUACUAUUUUUGUUGCCUAAAAUCGUGAUGAUUUGAACUGGCGUUAUUUAAUGUGUAUACCUCCAACUAGUCAUGGUUUCGUUACAUAUAUAAGCCCAGUUAUGUGCCGAUAUACCCAUUUAAGAGUUUAUUUAUAGUCCGAUCCUUAAACGAGAAGUGUAUAAAAAGUGCAGAUACAACCGCACACGAUUAAACCUAAAAAAUAGCACUAUAUAAUUUACAAUAGUAUGCCAAAUUUGCGUUUAUCAAAAAGUUAUUUAAAACGUCCACCAUGAUGCGUAUUUCGACCAAGGCAGCAGUACGUUCGAAUAGUGAUGGUUUCAGUUACAUGUUGAUGUGCUCUCUCCUGUAUAGAAUAGACCUUGUGUUUUACGUUGUUUAUACAGUCUUUAAAAGACUCUAUAUACUUUGUGUGUGUGUGUGUUUAUGUAAUGUAUAUAUAAAACAGUACAAAUCUGUUGAAAAGUG